UUUGCCGCGCAGCAGCAUCCCACUUCCACCGUUCCUCAAGAAAACCAAACCGUCACUAUAAAGCAAAUCAGAUUGAACGGUUACGAUUUUGGCUGGUCUAGAUCGAUUCACAACCGUUUUUUCUUCGUCGUCAUGUAGAUCGAUCUCUCUCUGCCCUGCUUUUUUUCCCACGGAUCGCAGAUCACAAUUCUAUGAUUUCUCAUCGAAACCCACUUCUCUAAUUCCAGGGUUUAAGCAAUUACAUCAAAGUUUGAUCAUUUUCAUGACAAUUCAAGCUACCUAGAUCGUAAAAAAUGGAUUCGCAGCCUUCCCAAUUGGGAAGGUUGUCCAAAUCAAUCUCCAAUUCUAGUAGCCAAAGCUUAGCUUCCAUCCUCAACAACCCUCACGGCGGCGACGCCUCGUGGAUCGGGUGGUGGUCCUCGUCCACCGCCGUGGCUCCCCCUGAAUUCGCUCCACUGGCGGGGAACAAAGCCGGUUCAGAACUCAAACGAUCCGAUUUUAAACCCUACUUGGUUUCGAUCUCGGAACCCUAUGGAAGAUUCGAGGACAUUCGGAGUCAUAGCAAGAAAGAGAGUUUGGAGGAUUUGGAGAGCAAUGGAGGUCAAGGUGAAGCAUUGGUCUCGUGUCUUCGUGAAGUACCAGCAAUGUAUUUCAAAGAGGACUUUGCUUUGGAAGAUAGAGCCACGUUUCAUGAGAAUUUGGUUUUGCAAGAGAAGCUUUCUCAGAAUUUGGAUGUGGUUGAAUUACAUUUGGUGAAGGAGAUUUCGCUGAGGUCGAAUUCGUUUUUCGAGGCACAGAGACAACUGGAAGAUUUGAAUUUGAAGAUUGUGGAAGGUUGUGGUAGGAUUCGGGAAUUUAAGGAGAUUAUAAGGCUCGUGGAUUCAAAUUUGGUGGAUUCGGGGCGACAAAUUCAAGAGUUGAAUGGGACAAGAAAUGAUUUAUUGGGUUUGCAACAGAAAUUGAGGCUUAUAUUGUAUGUCAACCAAGCUCUUUCGGCUCUUAAAUUGCUUGUUGCAUCUGCAGAUUGUGCUGGAGCCUUAGAUGUCACUGAUGAUUUGCAGCAUUUGCUGGAUGGUGAUGAGCUGACUGGUUUACACUGCUUUCGUCACCUUCGAAAUCAUCUAGCUGCUUCAGUAGAUACUAUAAACAGCAUUCUUUCAGCAGAAUUUAUGCGUACAUCUAUACAUGGUGUUCGCAAUAUGGAUGCGGUAAUAUUGUCAAAAAUAAAAGCAAGGGCAAGCCUACCCAAAAAUGGUGAAGAGAAUGAAGUUAAAUUGGAUGAAGAAGAAACAUCCAUUUUUCGAGAUCAAAUUCUACCUCUUACAAUUGGAUUGCUGAGAACAGAAAAACUCCCCUCUGUGUUGAGAAUAUACCGCGAUACACUAACUGCUCAUAUGAAAACUGCUAUUAAGACUGCAGUUGCUGAUAUUCUUCCUGUUCUUCUAACCCAACCUUUGGAGUCAGAUUAUGCACCAGGAGAACGAAUUGUGGAUGCAGAUGGAGGCUCAUCGCUUGCUAGCAAAUUAAGAAGCUUGUCAUCUGAAAGUUUUGUUCGACUUUUGGAGGCUAUUUUCUGUAUUGUACGGGCACACUUGGUUCGGGCUGCCGAAGUAAAAAAGGCCAUUGAGUGGAUUAUUUGCAACCUUGAUAUUCACUAUGUUACUGAUUCUGUUUCUGCUAUUGCACAUACUUCUGAAGAGGCUAAUGACCAAACUGCUUCCCCUCUGUCAUAUUCUUCUCAUAGGAAUACUCUCAAGGUGCCUUCGUUGCAGGCAAAGGAAAAUGAUGUGACUAGUUCAUCAAAUAUUUCAAGAAAUUUUAGAGUGGAUGUAUUGCGGGAAAAUACAGAAGCUGUCUUCGCAGCUUGUGAUUCUGCUCACGGAAGAUGGGCAAAGCUUCUUGGGGUGCGUGCUCUACUUCAUCCUAGGUUGAGAUUUCAGGAGUUUUUACGGAUAUAUAACAUCACCCAGGAGUUCAUAAGUGCUACAGAGAAGAUUGGUGGAAGGUUGGGAUACAGCAUUCGGGGGACACUACAAUCACAGGCCAAGGGCUUUGUUGAUUUCCAGCAUGAAUCCCAAAUGGCAAAAAUCAGGGGAGUGCUUGACCGAGAAACUUGGGUUGAAGUACACGUGGCUGAGGAAUUUCAGGCCAUCGUCAGUUCUCUGUUUUGUUCUGAGCCAUUAAUUACUGGGCAUACAGAUGACGCUCAAGCUCAGAGCAACAAUGCUAACAAUAAUGAACGCGGGAAUGCUUCCACUAAAACACUCAAGUUCGCAGGUGUUCAUUAUCACAUGGUAAACUGUGGCUUGAUUUUGCUGAAGAUGUUGUCAGAGUACAUUGAUAUUAAUAAUAAUUUGCCAGCACUGUCUUCAGAAGUUGUGCAUCGUGUUGUUGAAAUCUUGAAGUUUUUCAAUACAAGGACUUGUCAGCUUGUUCUUGGUACUGGUGCCUUGCAGGUGGCUGGUUUGAAAUCCAUUACUUCUAAGCACUUGGCAUUGGCAAGUCAGGUUAUCAGUUUUAUGGAUGGUAUUAUUCCUGAAAUCCGGAGGAUUCUCUUCAUGAAAGUACCUGAGACACGAAAGGCAUUGCUACUGUCUGAGAUUGAUCGAGUAGCUCUGGAUUAUAAAAUCCACAGAGAUGAGAUACAUACAAAACUGGUUCAAAUAAUGAGAGAAAGGUUAUUUGUUCAUCUUCGUGGUUUACCACAAAUUGUUGAGGGUUGGAACAGACCAGAAGAUGCUGAUUCACUGCCCAGUCAGUUUGCUCGGUCCCUUACGAAGGAAGUUGGCUAUUUUCAACGUGUCUUAUCCAAAACUCUGCAUGAAUUUGACGUUCACGUAAUUUUGAGGCAAGUUGUUAUAAUCUUCCACUCACAAAUUUCUGAAGCAUUUUCCCGCUUAGAUAUUAGCACUCCAGAAGCAAGAAACAGGCUCCAUCGGGAUGUUCAACACAUUCUUGCAUGCAUUCGAUUGUUGCCUUGUGAUGAUAUGAGAUCUGGUACCCCAAAUUGGGGGCAACUUGAUGAAUUAUUGGUGCAAAGAUUUGGUCCUGAAGCUGGUGAAUAAACUUUAUUGUGAAGUAGCAAAUUGGUUAUAUCUCUGAUGACAGUCAACCAGAUUUGAUGGAGACAUUGUGGGGAUACCAGAAGCAAUCUUCAACAAGUGUUAUACUGUAUAUGAUUGAAUUAAGGAAACAAGAGUAAAGAGAGCUAUUCAAGGUGUUUGCUUUGCUCAUGGGAUAAAGUACAGCUGAUACAACAUUCAAAUGAUGUAGCAAGAAGGUUCCUUACAAUUUUUGUAGCAGUCAUGCCGAACCAGAUAUACACUAGGUAAUGAAUGCAGAUCUUAGUAGUUUUGUUACUGUGAUUGUAAUUUUUGGCUUAGUUGUAACUGCCUAUUUUUCCGGUUCUAGGCAAUGAGAAACUGGUGUCGUUUAAGUUUUGGCUUCUGCAUUUUUCCUUUUCUCUCGGUCGUGUUGUAUACUACUGUUAUUAAGAACUUCAUUCUAUUUCAUGAGUGCAAUUGUUUUGAUUAUCGUCUA